AUGGACGAUUUGCUCAAAGAAAUGGAUGAUACAAAUUCUGAUACCUCUAUUAUUGAUUUCAAUUUUGCAUCUGAUGAUGAAGAAAUUAUUAAUCAAAAUAUAUAGCCUAAUUAAGUAAAAGAAAAUUAGGUGACUAAUGAAUAAAACUCAUCUACUAAAGGAGAAUAAGAUAUCUAAAUACAAAAUAAUUUUGAGAAAUAUGCAUAAGAAAACAUUUCUUCUUAACCAAUUUACCAUUAUAGAUAAAAGCCAAAACUAAUAAAACACAAAUAACCUCGAGAAUGUAAUUUAAGAUAAGGAUAUCAAAUAAUUAAAAUCUUCGGACAUUGUGCUCAUAAUUCAUACUAAAAUUUACAAUAAAAAAAGGAAUAAGCUAUCAUAAAGAUUACAAAUUAUGUAAUUUCUGGUAUAGAAAAGAUAAGAAGAUUAUGA